AAAAUAUACCAGCGGAGAGGAGCAGCCUUUUGAAAGGGUUAAAUGGAGCGACUAUAGGGUUCCGGUGCUUUCCGACACAAUAGUGUCGCGCGGUCUGGGAUAGGCAAUGAAAUUACUUUUGUGUCGGGAGGGAGACGACAACAAAUACUGCACCUUGUUGGAUUGACAACACUGUUGGGCAGGUAGGCUAAUUGAGUUGCAUAUCUAGGCUACAUUCAGUUAAAUAUGUUUAGGCAUGUGCUGUUGCGAACAACGUUGACUGUGGCCACUGGCCAGUCUGUCAUUUCCGCGACAUUUCAGUAAACAGUUCCUAAUGUAGCCCGCGACAUUUCAGUAAGCAGUUCCUAAUGUAGCCCAGCCUACAGUUUUUGUAAGGAAGUAGCCCAUAUGAUUAGCUUGCAGCAAACCACGAAUUCUGAUAGGUUAUGCUAUUUCCCAUUACACGUGACAUGUUGUCUGUAGUUAACGACAGGGUUAAGUAUAGAGUCAACUGGUAACCGCUAAUCUUUACGCAUGUAACGAUACUUUGUAUCAACUUUCAAGACGGUGACAUUGUAUCUAGGGGUUAAGGCAGACAAUCGUCUGCUACAGCAUUCAGAGAGGCUACAUUCGAUUGGUAGUCGAAAAAACAUAAAGUCUUCAUGUAUUAACUAUUCACUGGGCUAACUCAGAAAUAAAUCCACGGGCUUCAUUUUCUAGGAAAUUUUAACAAUUGAGGAAGGAAAGGCAUUUACUACACUUGCCAUUCCCUUGGCUCGCGAAUGCCACAGCUGAUGUGACAUUUGAUACGCACCAGUCUUCACGGACUGGCUGGCAGACAGACCAUUCUGUCGCCCCGCUGUCUAGCCCAUAUCGGUAGCAGUGACCUCUGCGUAAAGGCGCAUUGGAGACCCCCGAGAAACGAGUCACUCCCGUCUCCCGCUCGAAUCAGUCGGUAAGGAUUUUCAAUGACAGCCAAUGCCACAGAGCUAAUACGGAAGCACCCUACAAGUUCCUCCCCCCUUGCAUCCCUCAUUUGCAAGACAUCUCUCAUAGAGAGAAAUAGUAAUGGUGGCUUUUUGUAGGUACAAACUCCACCAUGGUUCAUUGGACAAAGCCAUUAGCCGCGGGUAGUAGCAGCACCCCCUGAAAAACUGCACUGGGCCUUUACUAGUCCUGUAUUAGUGGACCUAUAUAGCAGUCUGUAGCGCAGGCAAAAUUAUUUCAGUCAGUAUUCAGCCAUGAUUACUACAAGUUUAGAUAGCUGGCUAGACUAACUCCCAAUCUAAAAAUUAUUCACCAGUCGCAGCCACACAUUUAUCUCUAUCUAUCUGCAUCGCCAUGAGAAUAGGACACGCACACACACCUACUCAUUCUCCUUCACCCCUCAUCUCCAUCCCUUCCUGAUGGCUCGUUCCCCACAGGAGACUGAACACUUUCCAGGCUGACUGGCUGUCCGUCAUGAAGAAACGAGCCAAUAAGGCGUUGGAGCCAGAUGAGCCUCUGUGCUGCUGUGAGUAUGUGGACCGUCAGGGGGGGCGGAACCAUGUGGCAGCCUGCUGCUGUGACUGUGAGGACCUGGAUGAUGCCUGUGACAGGUGAGGGAGUGGCUUACCCAUCUACGGCCAGUGACCUUCACACUUUUAGCUAAUGGUUCUUCAUCCAGUUUGGCAUCACAUCAGAAAGUGAAUGUUUGCUUCUCUCCCUCAGAUGGCUGAAGAAAGAGCCCCAGAAGGCUGACUCACUGUCCCAUCUGGUUACUGUGAUGACCGACCGCCUCCGUGUUCCCUGGUUCUGGGGCGGAGCCCGGCGUGUCGACCUAUCUGUGCUCCCCCCGCUGCUCCUACUUCCUGUCCUCCUACACAUCGCAGCCCUUCACUUCCUGUUGGGUAUGGUUGUUCUGACAGCUCUACCGGUCCUGGUUCUAUGGUACUACUACGUCACUCACCGCAAGAAGGGUCGGACCCUGUUCUUCCUCAGCCUGGCGCUGUUCUCCCUGGGCUACAUGUACUACCUCUUCCUCACCGAGGUCUUCCCCAGGGGGGGUGUAGGGCUGACCCAGCUGGGCACAGUGACCCUGGGGGUGGCACUCACUCUGGCCGCACUCGUCCACACCAAGAGAGAGCCCGGCUACGUACGGCCACACCCGGCUGACAUCCACAGCACAGUGACCUAUCACAGCCCUCCACCGGACAGAGACCCUGGCCAUAACGUGGUCGGGCAGGAAGUAGUGCUAGCCAAUCGGGGUAGUGGGUCGGAGCAGCAGGGCCAGGGGGUAGAGCAGAUGGAUAGUGGGCGGAGCAGGAACUGGUGCUCUGUGUGCAGGGUUAUGCGGCCCCCCAGGGCGGGACACUGCAGGAUCUGUGGCGUCUGUGUCCUGAGGCUGGACCACCACUGUGUCUGGUGGGUCCCAUUAAAACACCUCCGUCAUUUAGUACACAACCAUGUCAAAGCAAUGUCUCAGCAGUGUCAUGGCAGACCUAUGAAGCAAUUAUCAGUGACAUUCUCUUGUCUCUGUCAUCAGCCAUAGGCCUGUGUGUCUGAGAAACUCACUUAACUCACUGAUCUGUAACACACACAAUCGUGCAAAAAAUAAUAAUCUUCAAACACUUAUUUAGAUGUGUGUGUUUGGUGUAAUCAUGGGUUCUAAGUACAUCUUACAUUCUAGUCAUUUAGCAGCAGAUGCUCAUCCAAAUUACAAUCAGAGCUGUACUGUGUGUGGUGGAACCCCAUGAUCUUAGUACAGUGUAUUGGCUGUCUGUGUCUGUGUGUGUGUGUGUGUGUGUGUGUGUGUGUCGUGUCCGUCAUGUCACCACUGUGGUAGGAUAAACAGCUGUGUGGGACAGUCCAAUCACCGCAGCUUCCUGUUGACACUCCUCCUCUUCCUGUUGACCUCUCUGUAUGGGAUCAGUCUGGUGCUGCGCAGCGUGUGUCCUCAACAGAACAUUCUCACCGCUCUGCUCUACUGCCCAGGCGUCUACGACCAGUAUAGGUAACACAUACACACACACACACACACACACUAUUAGGCAUUAGAGGCUAAAAUGAGCCUGUGAAAUGAGGCGGUGUAGAUUAAAAUACCCACUGGCAUCUGGGUCGUAACUAGGGUUUGAGUUUUAGUGAGUUCCGGAAGGGGGGAUUUUUUGAAAGCUGAAACUCAUUAACUGCAUUUGUAUACAAUUUAAACAACUUUAAAAUGCUAUUUGGAGAACCGCAAAAACAAGCCAAAAUGACCCCAUCCAUUAUCACCUUGGCUGCUGUAGGUUCAUUCACCUCAGUUGAACAUAACGAUUAAACCAUUGUUUGUGAUUCCAAUCAUUCACAAAGAGGCAGGCCCCAAUAGAACAGUCAGAUCAAUAAUAUAAGCGUUCUGAGCUUUGAUCAACGCUUGGAGCAAUAUUUAGAUGUUGACCUGUAAUAGAUUUUCUUUAUUGUGUUAUUUACAGUACCAGUCAAAAGUUUGGACACACCUACUCAUUGAAGGGUUUUUCUUUAUUUUUACUAUUUUCUACAUUGUAGAAUAAUAGUGAAGACAUCAAAACUAUGAAAUAACACAUAUGGAAUCAUGUAGUAACCAAAAACGUUUUUUUUUUAGAUUCUUCAAAUAGCCACCCUUUGCCUUGAUGACAGCUUUGCACACUCUAGGUAUUCUCUCAACCAGCUUCAUGAGGUAGUCACCUGGAAUGCAUUUCAAUUAACAGGUAUGCCUUGUUAAAAGUUCAUUUGUGGAAUUUAAUUUCCUUCUUAAUGCGUUUGAGCCAAUCAGUUGUGUUGUGACAAGGUAGGGGUGGUAUACAGAAGAUAGCCCUAUUUGGUAAAAGACCAAGUCCAUAUUAUGGCAAGAACAGCUCAAAUAAGCAAAGAGAAACGACAAUCCAUCAUUACUUUUAAGACAUGAAGGUCAGUCAAUCCGGAACAUUUCAAGAACUUUUAAAGUUUCUUCAAGUGCAGUCGCAAAAACCAUCAAGCGCUAUGAUGAAACUGGCUCUCAUGAGGACCGCCACAGGAAAGGAAGACCCAGAGUUUCCUCUGCUGCAGAGGAUAAGUUCAUUAGAGUUAACUGCACCUCAGAUUGCAGCCCAAAUAAAUGCUUCGCAGAGUUCAAGUAACAGACAAAUCUCAACAUCAACUAUUCAGAGGAGACUGCGUGAAUCAGGCCUUCAUGAUCAAAUUGCUGCAAAGACACCACUACUAAAGGACACCAAUAAGAAGAAGAGACUUGCUUGGGCCAAGAAACACGAGCAAUGGACAUUAGACUGGUGAAAAUCUGUCCUUUCUGUCUUUGUGAGACGCAGAGUAGGUGAACGGAUGAUCUCCGCAUUUGUGGUUCCCACCGUGAAGCAUGGAGGAGGAGGUGUGAUGGUGCUUUGCUGAUGACAAUGUCUGUGAUUUUAUUUAGAAUUCAAGGCACACUUAACCAGCAUGGCUACCACAGCAUUCUGCAGCGAUACACCAUCCCAUCUGGUUUGCGCUUAGUGGGAUUAUCAUUUCUUUUUCAAAAGGACAAUGACCCAAAACACACUUCCAGGCUGUGUAAGGGCUAUUUGACCAAGGAUGGAGUGCUGCAUCAGAUGACCUGGCCUCCACAAUCACCUGACCUCAACCCAAUUGAGAUGGUUUGGGAUGAGUUGGACCGCAGAGUGAAGGAAACGCAGCCAACAAGUGCUCAGCAUAUGUGGGAACGCCUUCAAGACUGUUGGAAAAGCAUUCCUCAUGAAGUUGGUUGAGAGAAUGCCAAGAGUGUGCAAAGCUGUCAUCAAGGCAAAGGGUGGCUACUUUUAAGAAUCUCAAAUAAAAAAUAUAUUUUGAUUUCUUUAACACUUUUUUGGUUACUACAUGAUUCUAUAUGUGUUAUUUCAUAGUUUUGAUGUCUUCACUAUUAUUCUACAAUGUAGAAAAUAGUAAAAAUAAAGAAAAACCCUUGAAUGAGUAGGUGUGUCCAAACUUUUGACUGGUACUGUAUAUACUGUGUGUGUGUGUGUGUGUGUGUGUGUGUGUGUGUGUGUGUAUGUAUAUAUAUAUAUACACACACACAGUUGAAGUCAGAAGUCUACAUACACUUAGGUUGUAGUCAUUAAAACUAGUUUUUCAACCACUCCACACAUUUCUUGUUAACAAACUAUAGUUUUGGCAAGUCGGUUAGGACAUCUACUUUGUGCAUGACACAAGUAAUUUUUCCAACAACAAUUGUUUACAGACAGAUUAUUUCACUUAUAAUUCACUGUAUCACAAUUCCAGUGGGUCAGAAGUUUACAUACACUAAGUUGACUGUGCCUUUUAAACAGCUUGGAAAAUUCCGGAAAAUGAUGUAAUGGCUUUAGAAGCUUCUGAUAGGCUAAUUGACAUCAUUUGAGUCAAUUGGAGGUGUACCUGUGGAUGUAUUUCAAGGCCUACCUUCAAACUCAGUGCCUCUGCUUGACAUCAUGGGAAAAUCAAAAGAAAUCAGCCAUGAUCUCAGAAAAAAAAUCUGGUUCAUCCUUAGGAGCAAUUUCCAAAUGCCUGAAGGUACCACGUUCAUCUGUGAACGGACCUUGUGAAGAGGCUGGAGGAAACCGGUACAAAAGUAUCUAUAUCCACAGUAAAACGAGUCCUAUAUCGACAUAACCUGAAAGGCCGCUCAGCAAGGAAGAAGCCACAGCUCCAAAACCGCCAUAAAAAAACCCGACUACGGUUUGCAACUGCACAUGGGGACAAAGAUCUUACUUUUUGGAGAAAUGUCCUCUGGUCUGAUGAAACAAAAAUAGAACUGUUUGGCCAUAAUGACCAUCGUUAUGUUUGGAGGAAAAAGGGGAAGGCUUGCAAGCCGAAGAACACCAUCCCAACCGUGAAGCACGGGGGUGGCAGCAUCAUGCUGUGGGGGUGCUUUGCUGCAGGAGGGACUGGUGCACUUCACAAAAUAGAUGGCAUCACAAGGAAGGAAAAUUAUGUGGAUAUAUUGAAGCAACAUCUUAAGACAUCAGUCUGGAAGUUAAAGCUUGGUCGCAAAUGGGUCUUCCAAAUGGACAAUGACCCAAAGCAUACUUCCAAAGUUGUGGCAAAAUGGCAUAAGGACAACAAAGUCAAGGUAUUGGAGUGGCCAUCACAAAGCCCUGACCUCAAUCCUAUAGAACAUUUGUUGGGAGAACUGAAAAAGCGUGUGCGAGCAAGGAGGCCUACAAACCUGACUCAGUUACACCAGCUCUGUCAGGAGGAAUGGGCCAAAAUUCACCCAACUUAUUGUGGGAAGCUUGUGGAAGGCUACCCAAAACGUUUGACCCAAGUUAAACAAUUUAAAGGCAAUGCUACCAAAUACUAAUUGAGUGUAUGUAAACUUCUGACCCACUGGGAAUGUGAUGAAAGAAAUAAAAGCUGAAAUAAAUAAUUCUCUCUACUAUUAUUCUGACAUUUCACAUUCUUAAAAUAAAGUGGUGAUCCUAACUGACCUAAGACAGGGAAUUCUUACUAGGAUUAAAUGUCAGGAAUUGUGAAAGACUGAGUUGAAAUUUAUUUGGCUAAGGUGUAUGUAAACUUUCGACUGUAUAUAUAUAUAUAUAUAUAUAUAUAUACACACUCACCCUGGUAACUCUAUAAGGGAACAAGUGGUUUUUAAUUGCAUCAAAGCAGUCUUUUCUUUAUCUGGGACAAUUAAAGCUGUGAUGUUUUGGAAUAAUUGGGUAUUUAUAGGUUGUAGGUUGAUGUAGGUUGAUUUCAGUUUCUAUAAGAAACGUCAUAUCUCCCCCUACCAGGCCUACUACUUUAUCAACCACUGACCCAGAUUUACAGAGCAGUUACUGUGGCUCAGCUGUUUUUGUUGUGUAAGGGUGAAUGUGUAUGUGUGUGUGUGUGUGUGUGUGUGUGUGUGUUUGCUGAUAAUGUGUGUUUUGAUGUGAUAUGUGUGUGUAUUGUAACUGCCAUUUUGUCUACCACUCAGCACUGUAACAAAUGUUAUGUUGCUCAGAUUUGUAUGUGUGUAUAGCCUCUUCCCUCCCCCAUGGGUGUUUGCAGAUCUGUAGAAACCAGAUAGGUGUAAUCUGUGUAUUAAAGCUCCUCUUAGCCCAUUGUUAACACACAUCUGGUUUCCAAAAAUAGGGGGUUUGGCCUAGGGGCCAGAGAUUGUUUUCAGGAAUGUAUGAGUCAUGUCCUCCUUUCAGUGUGUGUGUGUGUGUGUGUGUGUGUGUGUGUGUGUGUUCCAGCUCAGCGUUGUGUUUCACCUGUGCGUGGUACAGCUGCAUAGUGACGGGUGGCCUGCUACACCUGCUGGUCCUGCAGCUCAUCAACGUCAGCUACAACGUGACAGAGCGAGAGGUGCGCACCGCCCUCCGAGACAAGACCACCCACAGUCUCUACUGGGGCCUCGUCGUCGACACAGGAGUCUACUCACAUGGUUUCCGUGGCAACUGGGCAGAGUUCCUGACCAUGGGAGAAGGCCCGGAUGCCCACUGGCCCAGGCUCACUGACCUGGUG